CGGGCGGUGACCAGGGUGGCAGAGCGCUCCGGCAGCCAGUGUUGAGUGAGACGUUGAGGAAGGUGUUCUAUACCGUCCUUCGUGGUGGCUCCAGCGCCACUCCACUGCCAAGAGACUCAUUUAUGAGGAUACUUAACCUGUGAGGCGACCCGCUAGUGGUGCAAGGCUGCCGGGGCCUUCUAUGUGUCGUUUUGUGCAAUUCGGGUGUUUUCAGUUAGUGUGAGCGGGUGUGUCUCUGACCCGUAGCUCAGCGCCGCAGCGAACGCCCACGCGCCCGCCGCCAGCACACCCGCUCCUUAGAGACCUUACAACGUUUGAGGCUUAAAGACACCAAGAGUAAGCCCCAAGAUGAGUGACGGGGCAGUAAAGCAAGAGCCUGUGGCAGCUCAUGGCAUGAACGGCACAGCGACACAGGAGGAGGAGGUGCGGCUGAUGACCGAGGAGGAGCUCGAACGCGAGAAGAUGAGACCUCCGGACAUCGACCAGGACAUGAAGGAAAUGGAGCGCCGGAAACGAGUGGAAGCGAUCAUGAACUCAACGAUAUUCCGCGAGGAGCUCGAAAAGAUUGUGGAGACGCAGAUCUCGGAGGGUUACUCGGGCGUGCAGGCCAUCCAGAACAUCUCCGAGAUGAUGGGCUUCCCCACCACCCGCGUCGGUGUCUUUAAAGGUAGUAAUUGUGUUAUUCCUAUCAAUGACAUUCGUGGGAUGGAGAGCCUGAGCUUUGCUAAGGGAGAGAAGCUGCUGCGUUGCAAGCUGGCUGCUGUUUACAGACUUAUUGACAUGCAUGGCUGGACACAGAGCAUUUAUAACCAUUGCACUGCCCGACUAAGCCAGGACACGGAACACUUCUUGCUGAACCCCUUUGGCAUGCUUUAUCAUGAGGUGACAGCAGCCUCUCUGGUGAAGGUGGACAUGCAGGGCAAUGUGGUGGACAGCGGUGCAACCAAUUUUGGUGUCAAUGUUGCAGGCUUCAUGUUGCACUCGGCCAUCCAUGCUGCCAGGCCAGAUUUAAAGUGUGUCAUUCAUUUACAUCACCCAGCUGUUGUUGCGGUCUCAGCCCUGAAGCAAGGUCUGAUGCCACUGUCACAGGAGGCUUUGCUGAUUGGCGAAGUGUCUUAUCACGACUACCAAGGCAUCUUUGUCAAUGCUGAAGAGAAAGAGAAGCUUGCACGAAACCUUGGACCUGUUAACAAGUGGGUGGCAGAUGGGUCCCCCACACACUCUACUUCAACUCCUGUCAAAGUGGAAUCUGCUCUCCAGUUUGUUCCAACCAAUACAAACCCUAAGGAGUUCAAGACGAUCCAGAAGAUGAUCAAAGAGAACCGCCGUGUGGGCAGCAUAACAUCUGGACCAACUUCCCAUCUGUUGGAAGGUGUGACCUGGGAUGAAGCUCGUCGCAUGCAAGAUGCCAGCAUGUCGGGUGCCUCUGACCAUGUCAUCCUGGUUGGAGCUGCUUCCAAGGGAAUCAUCCAGCGAGACUUUCAGCACAAUGCUGUCGUGUACAAAACACCAUAUGCAAAAAAUCCCUUUGAUAGUGUGACUGAUAAGGAGCUUGAUGAAUAUCGUGAACUUGUGGAACGCAAACAGCGAGGAGAACCAAUUGAAGAGAUUGAGAUCGAGAAGAUGAACAUCAUGCCAGAGCGAGCAACUGUAGAUGUAGUGGAUGACUCUGUGCAAGACUCCAUCCUGAACACCACUGCUCCCACCAGUCUACCUCGGACCAGAAGCCUCCAGUGGUCGGGUGUUGAAGGUGGAAACAAAACAGGCACCAAGAGCAAGCAAAGCACAGUCUGUCGUCCUGAGCGAUGGGGAGACAGUAGCCAAUGGUGAUGAUACAGAGGCACACCACAGCACUCUCUCGCAAAGCAGUAAAGAGGGCUCUCCAACCAAGGACACCUCCCUAACAGAUGACUCAAUCUCC